AUGUCGUUGCUGCUUCGCCGUCCUCCAGGUCGUGAGGCUUACCCUGGUGAUGUCUUCUACCUCCACUCACGUCUUCUGGAGCGUGCAGCUAAGAUGAACGAGUCGCUCGGCGGUGGAUCUUUGACUGCUCUGCCUGUCAUUGAGACCCAAGCCGGUGAUGUGUCCGCCUACAUUCCCACCAAUGUAAUUUCUAUCACUGAUGGACAAAUCUUCCUUGAGACUGAGUUGUUCUACAAGGGAGUCCGACCAGCUAUUAACGUUGGUCUAUCUGUGUCUCGUGUCGGUUCCGCUGCCCAGACUAAGGCCAUGAAGCAAGUCGCUGCAUUUGCCCAAUUCGGUUCUGAUCUCGAUGCUUCCACCCAGCAAUUGUUGAACCGAGGUGUUCGUCUCACUGAGCUACUCAAACAAGGACAAUACGUACCUAUGGCCAUCGAAGAGCAGGUAUUGCGCUAG